GCUUGCUUCCCCCUCUGAAGGCUUCUGAAGGGUGAGCAACACCUCCGGACUCCUGCCAAAAUCAGCUCUGCCCAGCAUGCAUGCUGCCCUGCUCAGAGGCGGCGGCACCAGGGCCAGCCUCAGCCUCAGUCUCCUGCUCCUGCUUGGCCUCUGGUCAGACAGAGGUGUGAGAGCCAAGGAGCUGAAGUUUGUGACAGUGGUGUUUCGGCAUGGAGACAGAAGUCCCAUUGAAACCUUUCCUAAUGACCCCAUUGAGGAAUCCUCAUGGCCGGAUGGGUUUGGGCAACUCACUCAGCUGGGAAUGAAACAGCAUUAUGAACUUGGACAGUAUUUAAGGAAGAGAUAUGGACAAUUCUUGAACGAGUCCUAUAAGCGUGAACAGGUUUAUAUUCGAAGCACAGAUGUUGACCGGACUUUGAUGAGUGCUAUGGUAAAUCUGGCAGCCCUGUUUGCCCCAGGAGGCUCCAGCAUCUGGAACCCCAACCUGCUCUGGCAGCCCAUUCCAGUGCACACAGUUGCUGCCUCUGAAGAUCGGUUGCUCUACAUGCCUUUCAAGAACUGCCCUCGUUUUCAAGAACUUGAGAGUGAAACUUUGAAAUCUGAGGAAUUCCAGAAGAGGAUCCAACCUUACCAGGAUUUUAUAAAUACCUUGCCAACACUUUCAGGAUUCCAAGGCCAGGAUCUUUUUGGAAUUUGGAGUAAAGUCUAUGAUCCCUUAUAUUGUGAGGGUGUUCACAAUUUCACUUUACCCUCCUGGGCCACAAAGGACACCAUGACUAAAUUGAGAGAAUUAUCAGAAUUAUGCCUGCUGUCCCUCUAUGGAAUACAUAAGCAGAAAGAGAAAUCUAGACUCCAGGGGGGUGUCCUGGUUAAUGAAAUCCUGAAUCACAUGAAGACUGCAACUCAGCAAAAGAAGUACAAAAAAUUUAUCAUGUACUCUGCACACGACACUACUGUGAGUGGCCUGCAGAUAGCACUAGAUGUUUACAAUGGAGUCUUACCUCCCUAUGCUUCCUGUCACUUGAUGGAACUGUACCUUGAGAAGGGUGAGUACUUCGUGGAGAUGUACUACCGGAAUGAGACACACCAUGGGCCAUAUCCCCUCACGCUGCCGGGCUGCACCCAUAGCUGUCCCCUGGAGAAGUUUGACGAGCUGGUUGCCCCUGUGAUAUCCCAAGACUGGUCAACGGAGUGCAUGACCACAAGCAAUCAUCAAGUUUUAAGGGUCAUCCUCGCUGUUGCCUUUUGCCUGGUGUCUGGAAUCUUAAUGGUGCUGCUGUAUGUCCUUGUCCGCCAUGGGCCCUGCUGGAAGAGAGAGUCCUAUAGGAACAUCUGAACUGAUGGCUGGACAACAGCAGACAAGCAAGGCCAAGCUCCAGCAUCUCCCAAGGAUGAAGCAUCCAAAGAAUUCAAGGGCAAGCUUUUGCUACUGGCCACAUUUUGUUUUUGGACCACCUGGAGCACAAUCUGAACCCACAGACACCCAGAGACAGUAGCUUGACUGACAGGUUGCUUGGGUCUUUUCAACACUGAGCAAGGGUGUAAGCUACCUGAGUGGCUGGAAAGAGACUCUUCUGCAGAGAACAGCUGUAUUCCCUGACAGAGAUGUCCAGAGACAACCUAGAAGCCUUUUGUUUGCAAAGAGCAAAGGAUGAGAAAGUGGAAAAAGGCAUAUAUUAGACUAGAUCCUGGGAAAUAUUAGAGCAGAAGUGGUUUUGGAUAAUAUGAUCCUUAAGAAAAAGACAAAUAAGAAAUUAUUAAUAAACUUUUAUUUAGCUUUGA